AUGCCGAACUUUAUGCUUCGUGUGUGGGAAGCCUUCAGGCGUUACGAAGAAUACCACGGAGUCACCCUUCCACAAUCGGCAAAAACAGUGGGGAAGGAAGCCGUUCGCGGCAUUCAAAGCUAUAAGCCGUUUUCAUCUGAGAACUUCAAUGUUCCGGGUGAUAUAGAACAUCCGCGGAUCUACGACGAAAACGCUGAGGAAUACCGAAGAAGGUCCCGUUAA